AUUAAUGAAGAGCUAUGCAUAAGUGAGAUAAGCCAUUAAUGAAGAGCUAUGGACAAGUGAGAUUAGUUAUUAAUGGAUUAAUAAAUUUUCCCUACUCCAGAACACAUCAACUGACAAGCACCCCACCCAGUUUAAAUACCCCCUAUAUAACAGAGAGUCAUCCAGCUGUAACAGAGACCUACCCGGCUAAAACACAGCCUGACACAGCUAUAGCUGGGCCCACCCCUCUGGUUUCAUGCGUUGUCUUAUCGCAUCGUCUUUUUGUGAUCUCUCUGUGAAGUGUGGGCUGACAUUGAUUGGACUGUCGAUCAAGCUCUAACAGUCGUACAAGGCGCAACUUCCUAGUGAUCUGCCCCUUGGUGCACAAGGGCAGGGCUGGUAGGAGCGCUAUCGAGGGGCUUAUGGAGAACCUAAACAUUCACAACACGGGGCGUCGACACCCUUAUUUCUUAGUAGCCCUAAACAUUCACAACACGGGGCGUCGACACCCUUAUUUCUUAGUAGCCCUAAACAUUCACAACACGGGGCGUCGACACCCUUAUUUCUUAGUAGCCAUAAGCUUCAUGAUGAAUGUUUAGAUGCAGGUCUUAGUCAAUGAAACAUUUCCUAGGAUAUACCAACACACUUCCCAUGUCACAUGUCAACUAUGUCAUAAGAUUUACAACAAAAAGACAAUACUUCAUUCCUAUGUUGUUUUUAUCAUUAUGGACAGUAGGUGUAUUUUGUAUACCCCCCCCCUUUAAGGGCGUGGUGGCUGAGGGCUAAAGUGCUUGGCUUUCGAACUGAUGUUUCUCGAGUUUGAUUCUCUGUGAUUUCAAGCUUCUGAAUGUGAAGAAUGUUUUUGAGUCCAGCCAACUCUAACGUGUACCUGACUUACGUUGGGGAACUAAAGGCGGUUGGUCGUUGUUCUGGCCACGUGACACCCUCGUUGCCCAAAGAAAAUGUUUAGAUUUCCAUCAUAUGCCCAACAAGGUCUGAAAUGGUUACUUACUUACUUAGAAUUAGAUGCUCCCGCGCCGUUUGGCGCUUUGGGCUGCAAGCUGUCUCUACAAAGAUCUGUUACUGGCAAUGCCUGAAGCCUCUCCCCAACUGAUGUCCACUGCUCUGAGGUCCCCCAUGAAAGUGUGGCUCCAAGUUAUACCUUUUCAAUCCAUUCCGUGGUUACCUUUUCGAAAUUAUGUAUUGUAUGUACUAAGAACAUUAUUCACAUUUUUUGUGUGUGAAUAUUAAUAUUAUUAUUUAUUACUUACUUUUCAAUUUCUAUCUAUAAAUACAUCUAAUCAUGCUUCCAUUUGAAUGUCUAUUUUUGGAAUAAUAUAUUCACUACAUACUGCACGUAACCUUAAUCUUCCGAAUCGAAGACAUUGCCAUUAAUUAAUUAAUUUAUAAUUCACUACAUACUAUCCACAACAUUUAUUUUCUGACCAUUUAUUUUGGAUAUUUGUCUUGGUAUAUAUGUUAUUGUUGAUCUUUGCAUUGACUUUCAGAGGACUGGGUAAUGGGUCGUCUGUCGAAAUAUUUAGGUUCAUUCCGUUAGUUCCAUUCGGCCAGAAUGCCUCGGUCAUCACAGCGCCAAUCAUGAGCCCUAAUUCGGUAUCAGGACACAUCUGUUUAACACUAUUGGUUACUGCAUAUUGUUUGGACUCCCCCGUAUCUAACCAGUCUCAAUGUACUCAUCAAAAUGGUCUCACCAUAGUUAUAGAGCUUAUUUAGACAUCUUUACUUGGAUAUGAGUCCAAGAGAUUCUAGAGUCCUUGGAUUCGGCGUCGAAGAUUUGAGUUGGGACCACACUUGUUGACUAUAGGUGGGUUUUUUUCGGACAUUUUUGUUCUGCAAGACAUUGGGUUGCAAAUAUAAUGUCAUUGGUUCAGCGUUAUCCUUUUUUUUUUUUAACAAAUGGCUUUCAGGUACAAAUCCAAGUUCAAAGCGAGAAAGUGUGUGUGUGUGUGUUAUCUUGUACUGUGGUGAUGCGUGUGUGUGUGUGUGUGUACUGUAUUUAUAUGUGUAUGUGUGCGUAUGUUACAAGCUAAAACGUUGUCCGACACAUUAAAACAAAAUGUUCACUCAACUUUUUAUUGGCCAUUGUUUCCAUUAUUCACACGUGACGGUCAUGGUCAAUGAAUGUCUUGGUGUGUUCAUGGUCAGUUUUUAGUGACUUCCAUCGCUAAAGGUUGCACCGUUUUUAAUCUUCUGUGCAUUUUUAUUCAUGUGGAUUUAAUUUUAAUUUUUUAACCUAGUUUGUGUGUUUUAAUAUUUAUUAUCCUGUUUUACUUGUGAUUUUAUUCUUCUUGCUGCUGUGUUUUCAAAAAGUCCCAUCUACCAAAAAAAAAAAUCACUUGUUUGGUGGUACUAAAUAAUGGAUGAUAAUACUCCAAGUCCAGACUCUCGCGAUCGAGCCGUAGAGGACUGGUUGGAAAGGACCCAAAUGGAUCCUAAUCAGCCCAUCCGUGAUGAGAUGCGUGAGCCGAUGGAGCGAAUGCUCCCAAGACGUCCUGCGAGUCUAUCGAGGCUUCAAAGACGCACUCCACUGACAUUUGAGAAUCCGUCGGGAUUUGCUAGAUCUCGAUCUCGUAGUAACGCACGGAGGCGACCAACUCGGCUGACAGUUAGUGAUCUUCCGAGCAAUCUUAGACGUCCAGGACCUCCAACUCUCAGUAACUCACCUGGUCUUCAAAGAGACGCUUCAUUGUCAUUUGGUAAUCUACCGAGCAAUUUUGGAUCUGAAAGAAUUCCUACUGUAAGCAGCUCGCCGAGGCGCCAAGUACCCAUUCCAUCGACGUUGGACAAUCUACUGGACAAUCCUAGAUCUGAAAGACCUCUCUCUCAAAGUAACUCACCGAGUCGCCAAACACCUAUUAUAUCCACUAGUAGCUUGCCAUGUAGACCUACGACCGUUUCGGAGCAUCCAUUAGCGGACUUUCCAUCUAGUCGUACAUCUUUCCCCCCACGCCUGCCUUUGAGAAACAACCAACUACCAAACAUUUUUACCAUGUCAUCUAGUCUUACAUCUUCUGGUUCACCUUUUGAUUCCAACCGACCAUCGCUGGGAAUCAACCGAUUACCGGACACGCUUGCAUCGCCAUCAAAUCGAACUUGUCCACCUGAGGAUUCGAACCAUCCAUCAAGAAACAGCCCAUUACUGGACACUUUCAUCUUGCCAUCUAUUCGUAGUUCUACUCGUCCUACUGCUGAUUGGAACCAACCAACAGUGGGUGAUCAAAAUCCAUCACAGAGCACUCUGGCUGUGCCAUAUAGAGUUGAAGGACUAGGCGACCAAUCGACAGAUUCAAAUCGGCAAGAAGACGUGCGCCCAUCAAUAAUUGAAAACAUUGCGGCAGAUGGAAACCAAGAACAAGUUUCUUAUCCAUUGAACGUAAGACGGCACAGUACCCCUUGCACGUUACCAAACAUUCCACAAUCAUCGCAGCUAGCGUUGGUUGGAAACAGAACAGUCACCCUGAAACUGGAAGCUUCUGGUGGGGACGUUAGUGAAGAAAGCACAUCAUCAGAAGACUACGAGAGGCCACUAGAAAUACGAUCGUAUCUUGCCAGACAGGCAUCAUCCUUACAAGGUCCCGUGGUCAUGCCUGAUAACUUGUCACGUAUUGAACUCCCCGACGAUGACCGGGAAUACUGCUUUUCACUGACAAGAAGAUAUAUAGAUUUACUGCCUUAUAUACCGGACGAUGAAUUGCAAGAGGAACAAGGAUUUCUUACUAGGACACCUUCGUCUGAGCCUUUUUGGUCAAGCUCUGCCACUGCUGGAGAUUCCGACAUGGACUGUGAAAAACUCAAUGUAGAAUAUGAAGACCUUUUAGCUGCUAGGUCUGAACGUAUCUGGUCAUCUCUUGCUACUGCUGGAGACUCAGACACGGACAGUGAAAAACUCGAUGUAGAAUCUGAAUACAUUUUAGCUGCUAGGUCUGAACGUAUCUGGUCCACCGCUGCCACUGCUGGAGAUUCGGACGUGGACAGUGAAAAUCUCGAUCUAGAAUCUGAGGACACUUUAGCUGUUACGGAACCACAAAUUCUGUCUCCAGGACAAAGAAAUACAGGCGCUCUUCCAAAACAACCCUCCGAUUUCCAGCGGAAAUGCUUACAGCUUCUGCAGAGUAAGAGCACCUCACGAUCCACGAAGAAUAACAGAAUGCCCCGAUCCCAGCAGAACGUUCAAGACUUCCAACCUAACAUUUCACAGUCCCAGAUAGCUUUGCCUGAGCCAUCGUACCAGUUUUUUAGCCCUUUGCCACCAUUGUUUCCAUCGAUUCAAUCCCGGCUGAGAUAUUCAGGCUAUGCUCAGAGACACCGCAUCAAUCUGGCUACUUCACCUUUGCGCUGUUCUCGUAUGUUCAUAGGGCCUCUUAGUGAACGCUUCAGAGCGCCACGUGGGCAAUACCAUCUUUCUGGGACAUCUCAUGAUCAGGCUCAAGGUGGAAAUUUUUCCCAUUCAAUUAUUCCCUAUAGACGAUCAUACCCUCCUCCUCCUCACAUGCCCUCCGUUAGCCCACCGCUUAGAUUCCCAAGACGAGCCUCGAUUGACUUUAGUGAGCAUUGCUCUGAUUCCAAUAGUCCUUCACCAGAUAGACCUAUCAUUCGAAGGACAAUUGACAUUUAUCUUCCUCGAGAACAUGCCAGUCCAAUCCAAAAUGAAGCUAGCAGUCGUUACCAUGCUGGCGCUGUCAUUGAACGUACAAUUAGAGUGUUCCCUCAUCGUCUAAAUGAGCUCGUCCGUCCAAUUCAAGCUGAAUCUGUCCGUCAAGCACAAAAUGUACCUGGCGACCAGCCUUUAGAUACAUUUAUUCCUUCAGGUGAGCCUAGCACUGAAAUGUUUGUUGAGCCUGGCACUGAAAUCUUAAUGGAGCCUAGCACUCAAGUCGUAGUGGAGCCUGACACUGAAAUCUUAUUGGAGCCGAACACUCAAAUCUUAUUGGAACCGGGCACCCAAAUCAUAGUGGAGCCUAGCACUCAAAUCUUAGUGGAGCCUAGCAAUGAAAUAGGAGUGUCUACCAGUCAAACUUCGGGUGAGCCUAACAAUCAAACUUCGGGUGAGCCUAACAAUCAAACUUCGGGUGAGCCUAACAGUCAAAAUAUAGAUGAACCUAAUCAAACUUCCAGUGUCCAUGGAAGUCGAACGUUUAGUGAGCACAGCCGUCAAACCUUAAGUCGACAUAGCAGUCCUACUUUAGGUGGAGGAGGCUCUAGCAAUACAAUUUAUGGACUAAAAAGGGAGUUCAUCAAUAGAAAAAGACCCGGUUUACUUGCAGAGUACGAAGCUGUAUUUGGGAAAAAACUUUCUAGUAAACUCAAUAGCAGUGUAAGUAAAAGUCGAUCAAGGGAGCUCAAUAGUAAACUUUCAGAUACUCUUAAUCAAACUAGCAGUGGUCACCCUUCAGCUCAACUUAAUGACCAGCACUCGGGAGAACCUAGUUGUCCAAUUAUGUGUGAGCCGAGAAGUGAACAUGCAGGCAUCACCCAACAAGCCAAUUUAAUUGCAGAUUAUUUAGCUAGACCACCUCCUUCGAAUGUAUUUAGCAGAUCCCAAAGUGCUCCCAGUAGUCGAACGCAAAGUGGACCUAAUAUUCAACUUCCAAACAGACUAAGCAUUCCUGUUGAUUCUAGAGGUCAUCCUCAGUACGAACAUCAAGAUAAUCUUAAUGGAAUAACUUUACAUAGAUCUACAAGUCUACCAUCCAUAGAAUCUAAUGACCAGCAAUUCGUGAGGCCUAGUAGAUCUACUUUAAAUUCAGUCAGCCAACCUAGUGGUCACCCUCAAAGUGGAACUAGCGGUCACCCUCAAUGUGGAUCAAGCGGUCACCCUCAAAGUGGAUCAAGCGGUCACCCUCAAAGUGGAUCGAGCGGUCACCCUCAAAGUGGAUCAAGCGGUCACCCUCAAAGUGGAUCAAGCGGUCACCCUCAAAGUGGAUCAAGCGGUCACCCUCAAAGUGGAUCAAGCGGUCACCCUCAAAGUGGAUCAAGCGGUCACCCUCAAAGUGGAUCAAGCGGUCACCCUCAAAGUGGAUCAAGCGGUCACCCUCAAAGUGGAUCUAGAGGUCAACCUCAAAGUGGAUGUAGUGGUCAGCCUCAAACGCAAGAACAACCUGAAAUAGACCUUAGUGUGUUCCAAAAGGGACCUAAAAGUGCUCGACGUAGAAGAUUGGGAAGUCCUUCCCAAAGAAGACACAGCCCUUUAAUAGGACCCAGAAACCCUUCCCAAAUAGGACUUCAGGGUUCUCCCCUAAAAGAGCAUAAAAAUGAGAAUAAUAGAGGCCCUAAUUCUGACCCCCAGAGUGUGCCUGUCAGCGGACAUGAUCAACUGCAGAAAGGAACUGUACAAAAAUGUAAAAGUUCAGAUGAACCUAGCGGUCCAACUUUAGUUCCUUCGAGUGCUCAGUUCUUGAGUAAUGCAGCUGAACAAGAUAGUAAGCUAGUUUGCGAUUCUAGCAAUCAAAUUUCAGGUGAUUCAAACACUGAAUUUAAAGUUGAGACUAGCUCUCAACCUUUAGCUGAGCCUAGCAGCCAACAGUUAAGAGGGUCUAGCAGUCCUCCAAUGUGUGAUCCUAUCAGACGAUUGGAAUAUUUCAAACAGUUUAUGAAACCUGUCGUCGUAAGACAGAGUUUACUUGCAGAGUACAAUGCUAUUUUUGGGAAGCCAGCAUUUUCUAACGCACAGAACAUUAGAUCCCAGAGUGCACCCUGUGGUCGAUCUCAAAGUAGUCUUUUACCUGACAGUGGACUUGAACCAAGAGAUCGAUAUGUUAGUGAAAGUGAAUCAAGAGAUCGAUAUGUUAGUGAACCAACAGAUCAGCUGCAAGCUGACCAAAGUCAACCGCAAAGUGGACCGAGCUUUCAACCAGAAAGUAGACGUAGUCCUACACAUUGUGAUCAGAGAAGUCCUACAUCUAGUGGUCGUAAAGACCAUACAGCUAGUGGUCAUAGUUCAUCUACUUGUCAUAGAAGUCUUACACCUAGUGGUCAUAGUUCAUCUACUUGUCAUAGAAGUCUUACACCUAGUGGUCAUAGUUCUGCAUCUACUGUUCAUAGAAGUCUUACACCUAGUGGUCAUAUUUCUGCAUCUACUGUUCAUAAUGCUACACCUAGUGGUCAUAGAAGUGCUACACCUAGUGGUCAUAGAAGUGCUACACCUAGUGGUCAUAGAAGUGCUACACCUAGUGGUCAUAGAAGUGCUACACCUAGUGGUCAUAGAAGUGCUACACCUAGUGGUCAUAGAAGUGCUACAAAUAGUGGUCAUAGAAGGGCUACACCUAGUGGUCAUAGAAGUGCUACACCUAGUGAUCAUAGAAGUACUACACCUAGUGAUCAUAGAAGUACUACACCUAGUGAUCAUAGAAGUGCUACACCUAGUGGUCAUAGAAGUACUACACCUAGUGGUCGUAAAAAUCCUACACCUAGUGGUCAUAACCGGUCACAAAAUGAAUAUAGCGGCCUGCCACAAAGUGGGCAUGCAAGUCAGCCUCAGAGUGUAGCUGCCAGUUUAACCAGUGAACAAGGCAGUUUUGUGUUUAAGCAGCCCAUUGGGCCUGUUCGACGACCUAACAGUCAAUCUGUCAAGCAAUCAUCUCAAAAUCAGACUCCAAGUCAAGGUGUCAGUCGGAAAGGAUCCAAUGUAAGUUUAGAUCGGGUUUCACAAGAGAUACUAAAACUUUCGAGCAAUGCCCAAACGUCAAAUGUGAACCCAUCACAAAAAGAAUCUCAAACUAGUAGUCAACCAGCGUCCCAGACAGACACCAUGCCCACGGCGAUGGAUUUAUCGUCAGGACGCAAGCUGAAAGACAAAAUGGCAUCUUCAUCUUCUGUAACGCACUCAUUAGAAGAUAGAUCACCAAGGGGUAAUGUUCAACAAUCAAGACUUUGUGCUUCACUUAAUCAAUUUUCAAUGAGAAAUACUACACCAUCGUCUGGACCACAAUCCUCCCUAUUCCAGCAAUCAUCAGUAAAUAAUAUAAGACCACAGAUAUUUGGGUCACAACAAGCAUUAAGAGGCCCUCCUGAGCAUCAUUCUUUAUUUCAGUCUUCAUUGAUGUACAACGCCAGAGCCUCCAGAUCGCAUUUACAACAGAUGAACGAUUUGAGACCAUUGAUCACACCGCUUACUUUACAACAGCGAUCAAUAAAUAUCCGUCCAAGGCCAUCGCCCAGGUCAUAUCCUUUACAGGUGGCCCCGUUGGAUUUCAGCCUACCCGCACCCCAGUCAUUACCGGUUACUAGACGGCAGAUGGUGCAAACGGCUGAACAUCAUCAUAUUCCUUUAGCACAGCCGGCGAUUGCCCAAACACGUGUAAGAACACCAACUAGAAGAAAUAUUUCUUUGAGAAGGUUGGAUAGAUCCCAGUCUUCUGUUGAAUUUCAGCCAUCGCAAAGUGAAUCUUUCAACAAUAACAUACAAAUGGUUGAACCACAAAGUAUCCAAAUUGAAUCUGUCGACACGAACAUGCCAGCAUUAAAACCCCAGUCAUUGCAAAGUGAAUCUUUAGACAGCGAAAUGCUUGAAACCCAGUCGUUGCAAAGUGAAUCUUUAGACUUUUUGUCAACUGAUGUAGACAGUGACAUGCCAUCGCUUAAGCCAGAUUCAUUACAAAGUGAAUCUAUAGACAUUAUGUCAACUAAUGUAGACAGUGACAUGCCAUCGCUUAAGACCGAGUCAUUGCCAAGUGAAUGUUUGGACAAUCUUAUGUCAAAUGAUGAACCCAUACCAACACGAAUGGAGAGUGUGGACAUAGAUGUGCAAAGGGAUGAACCAAUGCAAACACAAAGCGAAUCUUGCGACAGCAAAAUGCCUUCUGCUGAACCCAUGCAAAUGCAUAGUGAAUCAUUAGACAGUGACACACCAUCGCUUGAACCACAGCCAUUGCAAAGUGAGUCUUUAGACAAUGUUAUACCAACUGUUGAGCCACUGAUGUCACCGGGUGAUUUUGUGGACAUUGAAAUUCAAAGGAAUGAAACACAACCAACACAAAGUGAGUCCUUUGAUUGCAACUUGCCAACAGAUGAACCACAGUCUUUGCAAAAUGAGUCAUUAGACAAUGCUGUGACAACUGUUGAACCACUGCUAUUGCAAAGUGAAAGUUUGGGUACUGACAUCCAAAGGGAUGAACCACAGUCAACACAAAAUGAAACCCUAAACUUUGACCAAUCUUCUGGUGGUGCCAGACCAAAACUAAAAAAGAAAUCUUCUAAAAAAGACUCACGACGACGGGGGUCGAAAUCCAGUACAUCUAACUCCAUUUCUGGAACAGAGCGCAGAGUUCUAAUAAAAAUUACCUGUCCGGAAUGCGCCGCAAAGAGAGGAAUUACAUUAACUAAAAAACAAUUGUCCUUGUACUUUAAGAACAAAGACACGGUUGGUAAAUGUUGUUGCUAUCGCUGUUAUGUCUUCCUGAGACCUGGUGAAGUUCACCCCAUGAGACAAAUCAGCUGCCAAGAGUUGCCAGGAAGGCCUCUCACCUUGGGCAAUUUUAUACCAGAAGAAACAGGAGAAUCAACUAAUGAAUUGAUAACAAGCCAGCGACCAGUUGAGCAAGAAGUGUCGAGUGAUCUUUCCGAGGAGCUUCCCCAGGACAACCUGCAGUCUGAUGAGGUCAGCAGGCCCAGCCAGCAGCAUGGUGAAGGCAAUGAUUUCACCGAAGAAGAAAAUCAAGGCAGUCUUGAAGAUUCUGAAAGAAUGACACAACCAAUGGGAGACGAAACAAUGCCGGAUCCCUCUGUUGUGGGUGUAAACAACGGAGCGUCUUUCGGGACUUCGAUUUCACAGUCAGUCACUGGGUCGUCCGAACGUCCAUCCAGGCAAACUUAUCCUGGUUUAUUAGAAACAUGGGAGAGUGGGACUUUAGACCCUGGCUUCUUCACUUUGGAUGUGAAUAACGUAAGGAAUAUGCUAUCAGACUUGGCCAGGACUUUUGAUAAUGUUCAUGUCAUGGAAGCGAUUUCCGAAGAGUCAUCAGGCGACACGGAUAACUGAGUUUCUAUUGUAAGGGGGGGCCCAAUGAGAACUAUCCAUCACGCAGUAUGCCGGCCAACAGUCCGAACACCACCUCAAGUCAGUCAUCAAACCAGAGCCAGUCAGGAGAACCUCUCAGUCGGACUAAUUUGUACAUCAGGGGACUUAAUCCAAA